AUAUGCAGAUGUUUUUACUGUUAAAUUUCCCUCGUUUAUCUUGGACCUGCACUCCCGGUGGUUUUAAACUGAAGAAUAGUGUUCAGUCAAUCUGCAAUGGGUCGUUUAGAUGGUAAGGUGGCAGUGUUGACGGCAGCGGCACAGGGUAUUGGGCGAGCUGUAGCUGAGGCAUUUCUCCGAGAGGGGGCGACAGUAAUUGCUACAGAUAUCAAUCUAGAGAAACUGAAAGAAUUGGAACAAUUAGGUGCUGACUGUCGUGUGUUAGAUGUAAUGGACACAGCAGCAGUGAAUGCGUUCGCUGCUACCAUACCUCGGAUUAACAUACUUUUCAACUGUGCUGGUUUUGUUUUUCAUGGGACUUUGUUGGACACUGAAGAGAAAGACUGGGAUUUUUCUUUCGAUCUUAAUGUGAAGAGUAUGUACCGAAUGAGCAAAGCAUUUCUUCCAAAGAUGAUCCAGCAAGAUUCAGGAAACAUUAUAAACAUGUCUUCAGUCGCUUCAAGCAUCAAAGGAGCGCCGAAUCGUUGUGUAUAUGGAGCUACCAAGGCCGCUGUGAUUGGCCUUACAAAGGCUAUGGCUGCAGACUUCAUCACCAACAACAUCCGUGUUAAUUGUAUCAACCCAGGUACGGUAGACACACCUUCUUUACGCGGCAGAAUUCAAGCACAACCCGACCCAGACCAGGCGUUGAAAGAUUUUCAAGCUCGGCAAAAGCUAGGUCGUUUCUGUACAGCAGAGGAAGUUGCAAAUCUCGUGCUAUAUCUCGCUUCAGACGAGUCCACAUAUGUUACCGGUCAACAGUUUGUCAUCGACGGAGGCUGGAGUUUAUAGACUUGAUAAAGCAUACAGUCUACGCUGCAUUGGAAUCACCUAUAGGAGUUCACUCGUAUAUAACUAUUUUAUGUACAUAUAUGACAUAAUAAAGAGACUUCUGUUUAAUAAGAAA